CUGGGCCAGCCGUCUCACGCCAGUCAAAAUGAAUUCAAUCAAGCUCGCUCUAGUUGUUUGUUUCACCAAUUGAUUUUUUGGGGUAUUAUCUUUACGGGGCCCAGGGAAUUUGGUUUAUGGGCACGAAGCAGUCAAAACUGUUGGCAGAGGUUAAUUCAGAUCAUUCUGAAGAGGAACUUCGACAGAGCAACAUCGCAUUAUAAAAUCCAAAUUCCAAGUCUGGCAAAGUUGAGAACAUAACAGCUUCCAAUUAGUUUUAAUUUUUUUCAAGAAAUCAAAAUAAUCUUGCUCUAUCGCCACCAUGAUGGUUCCAUCACUGAACAGCAUCAUUGCUUUUGGCCUCCUCAUCUUGCUGACCGUAUUACCAGCCGUCGAAGGGUACCUCUUGGCCUGGGCGUACGGCAGACAGCUUGCCAGUGGCUCGGUAGAGGACGAUGCCGCCUUAAAUCACCCGAGAAACGUCUACGGCCGGGACACAUCGUCAGCCUCAAGAACGAGGGAUGAAAAUGGAACUUCAGAAGACGAGCUCAGGGUGUGCAAGAGCGACAAAGCCUGUGGAAGGGGAUUCUUUUGCGAUCGUCACUACGGGGAAUGCCUCCCUCACCACCAGGAGCUGGAGCCGUGUCGACGGGACGGACACUGCGAUCGCGGGCUAGAGUGUCGCUUCGGUACCUGCCAGGAGGCCAUCAAAUCCGGAAAUGUCGGGGCUCGCUGCAAGAAUGACAAGGACUGUGGCGACACCAUGUGCUGCGCCAAGCAACACGGCGAGUCCGUCUGCAAGGCCCGGCUACCCCUCGACGCCAAAUGCUACGUGCCGGCUGGGGGCGUGGAAUACACGAUUGACAGUAUCUGCCCGUGCAUGGACGGACUGACAUGUAGGAGGACGCGUGAGAGGAGAGAGGAGGAGCUUGUGUGGCAGUUCUGGACCGACUACGACCACAUGAGAUGUUCGCCUAUCCACCUCUCGCCGCAUGACCAAUGAUGACGUCAUUCUGACGUCGCAGGAUACGAUCAGUCUGUGUAUGUCCAAUUGAAGAUAGUCUUUUAAAAAAAGUUUUUUGUAAAUACCCAUCUAUGUAUGUGUAUAUCUAGCUUCCAAAGUUUUUGGACAGAGAAUUAACUUCAAAAGUUAAAUAUUGUAUUAAGUCCCUUUCUCGCAUUUGCUUGUCACAAAACACACACAUUGACUAUAGGGGAAGUGUGAUUAAUCAUUUAAAAAAAACGGUCGAAUUGUUCCCCUUUUAUACAAGCUUCUAAAAUCUUAACUAAAAAUAUGCUUGAAGCUGGAGUAAUAUUAUUUAUUAAUGAUUCUUUUGUACCAAUCAUUGAAAACAAAAAUCUCAUAGGAAAUCGAUGUAUGCAGAUCUUAGUUUCUCAACCAAAACAUUGAAGUCAACUUACCAUGGCGUAAGCCCAUCACGGAAAGAACUGAGAUAUACGCAUACAUAUGCAUUUUACUUAUAGGGGAAUCGAACCCAAGACCACACAGGCGUUGGCACUUAUAUAAAAUGUGAAUUCCAUUUGGAGGACGAAAUUAAGGAACAUUUUGGACUACUUCGAAAAUUUCAAAUGUGAAUAACUUUUGAGAAGGGCUUACUAAAUUUAUAAUUUAACAUUAUUGUAUAUAGCUGUAUUAUAACAACCAUGCCAUCCAUUUUGAUGUCCAUACUUAUACAUUGACAUUAUAUGCCAAAAAUAAAAUGGUUAAACACAAAAAAAA